AUGAUGUCACAAGAGACGAUUGAUUGGGCGAAGGAAAUGGAGAACGAAUACACUUGUGGGCCGCCGCAAAUUGUGACAACGCGAUCUUUGAACUCAGUUGAAGAGGAGGAUUUUGACGAAUAUGGAAAUGUCAUCGAAAUCGAUCAAUGCAAGGGGCCGGAAAAUGCGGAAAACUGUGGCAAUAGCAAAAUUGAUGAUAUCAAGAUUGAAAACGAGAAAGAAGAAGACGGAAAACUCGAUGGACUAAAUGUUAAUCAAUUGGAAAAGGAGCAUGAGGAAAUUGCCAAAACUGGAGAGUUAUUGUCUAUUGGCAUAUCAACGUCUGCGAGAUCACAUCAUCCAUGGCAUCAAUAUUACAAUGCAAAGCCUGCCGUCCUUGAGGACCUUGACACUGCUGACAAAAUCUUAAAAAAUUACAAUAUCGAAAUGGUGGAGGAGUUUCAAAAUAUGCACAAUACCGAAGAUCCUUUAAUUCCCACUAUCCAGAAUUCUUGGAUUAGUCGAUACUAUCCGAAUCGAAAGGGUAAGGAAAUAAUACCCAGCACGAAAUUGCCCGACUGCUAUGCUUUAUAUGUGGUAGUCAAGGAGACACCACAAUGGUAUUUCAUGCGACCAACGCAUUUCGAGGUGUUUGCGCCCGAAAGAGACGAUCUUUUCAUGAUCAGAUUGGAAAAGAAGAAUUACAAGAGAAUGUAUAAUAAUUCAUCUUGGAUUCGGCUCUACCUCGGAGAUGUGGUGGUUGUGCACACGAUGAGCAACUCGCCAAUGAGCGAUGAAUACCAAACAGUUUGGAAAGUUCACUUCUUCACCAUUCUUCCAAGGGAGAUUUGCAACAACGUUCUCGUUUUUGUCACCGGCUUCUGGUACAGUGAUGACGUCUCCAAGUCGUAUUUGAUCGGAAACAAAGUGAGCGGUAUUAUCAGAACACGCGACAACAUGUUCAAACAACCAUCUCUUCAUAAAAUGUUCAAAGGCGACGUUUUUGUUCCAAAUUCGUCCCACUUCCUAUUCUGUGCCAAUAUCGCCUCUCCGGAGCGCUAUCACAAAUUGUGCGGUGAAUUCAACAAUGCCUCGCGCGUCAUUUCCCAUCCACCGCCAACAUUGGCGUCAUAUCGCGUAUGUCGAUUCGAGCCCGAAUUCAUUUCAAAUGCUCCGAGAGCGUUUCAAGUUUAUCCCGAGCCCACCGCAUUUUCAUGCGUUGGCAAGACACUACUGUUGGUGUCAAACGGUAUUGAAGGAUUCCUCUCGAAGAAAAAGAAUGUGGCCUAUAUCAGUGGCAAAUUAGACAUUAUCGAUGAUGACAGCAAAAACAUUAUAAGAAUCAUGAUCACCGCAGAUUGUGAUUCUUCUCGACAAUUGAAUGAUGUCAAGAUGAUCCACAUUGUGACACCGAUCGGAAGAUUCGAUGCGAGGCUGCUGUCAGUUGAGUGCACAACAAUUCACGGAAUUGUGUUGCGUAAUGAAUUGUCAAAUCUGGCAUUUUACAAAAAAUAUUGCCAAGCAGUCUACGUUCAAGCUAUUGAUAAUUUCAAGAACGUAAUUGUUCAAUUGCACAAUAUGAAUGAUGUUUCCCGAUGGCCUCUAGAUUGCGUCGCAAGAGCCACUGUUAAGGCUCUGUUUGGCGGGAAAACUCUAUUUAAGGAAACUCGGCCUAUGAAUAUUUCGACACUAAUCGCGCUGAUGAAUUCGUUUAAAUAUCCGGCUGCUGUCAUUGCGAAAGAGGGUCUGACUGCAUUCGACACGAGGGUGCUACAUUUCAGAAUUGUCAGCCAGCUUAAAUUAUCAAAAUGUGGUCACUUCAUUAUUACCUAUAAGGAAGAAGAGAUCACAAAUUUACUGAAUGUUGGAGUCAGCUUCAAUCCGGAUCUUCAUAUUCUUCGGAUUAUAUCAAGAGAAGAUUAUUUGUACAAGUCAAAGGAUGAAAGGACCGAGUAUGAUCUUCCAUUUCUAAUGGACAAGGUCAUCAAAGAGAAAGCAAUCGAUAUGGACAUGGAAUGUUUGAGGCAAGAGAAGAAUGGCACGAAUGAGAUGUCCGAGGCCACCUAUCGUGACUUGUUUCAUGCGGUGAAAUACUGUGGAAGAUACGUGAAAAAGUUCAAGCCAAGAUCGAAAGUCGGACGAGAGCUCUAUAAGAAGCCGGUGGAUUUUCCGGCAUCAAAAUACUUGGAGAUCUUUCUGAAAACUUACAAGCCAACGGCAAUCAUUGGAAGUGUCAAGGAUAUUGUAAGCGUAUUGGCAAUGGAAUACAAUUAUACUCCCAUCGGACCAUACACAGUUCAAAUUGAUGAUGGUUUGGAUAUUCACAUGCGGGACUUUAUGGCGCUACUAGCUGUCUUGCCGGAUGCACGUGUGUCGAUUUACGGAAUUUCGAGAGGCACACCGCGUCCAUCAAGCCGACUGAUGAACGAGUUUGUGUACACGCAUGCCAUCGGAGAUCUUUACACGAUGGUUGUUGAAAACAAGCUGAUGCCGAAAUUGCGAGUUUUCGCGGAACCGACGAAUAGUAACGACAAGUGA